CGCUGCUUCUGCUGCUCCGCGGGGCCGAGGCGGGUCUGGCCGUUUUCCCUGCGCCUCCCUCCUUCCCUCCCAGCUUGCCUGCCUGCCUGCCUGCCUUCCUUCCAGACCUGCGUCCAUCCAUCCCUCCGUCCUCCGGAACCGAGGAGCCGGCCAGGUGGGUCCAGAGGGACCGGGGAAAAAGGGCCUUCUGUGACCUCCAGAGGGUGUCUCUUUCCGGUCAUGGCGACGAUUGUGUCUGAGAAGCUCGGCCACCUUUUCCUCAACGUCCAGCACUUGAGGAGGGUCCCUCGUCUCUUGGAGGAGGCGCUGCCCCCUUCCUCGUGCACCGUGGGGGCCUCGGACGUGCCCCGAGUCUUCCAGAAGCCCUACAUCCACGCCGGCUACCGGCCCCUCCACCGGACCUGGCGGUAUUACUUCCUGUCUCUCUUUCAGCGGCACAACGAGGCUGUCAACGUCUGGACGCACCUGGUGGCCGCCCUUGUCCUAGCGGUGCGGUUCUGGCAGCUCUCUCGGGCCGUGGACUUCCUGGGAGACCCCCACACGCAACCCCUUUUUGUCAUCGCGGUCUCCUCCGUCGUCUACUCCACCUUCAGCACUUUGGCCCACCUCUUGCAGGCCAAGUCCGAGUUCUGGCACUACGCCUUCUUCUUCUUGGACUACGUGGGCGUCGCGACCUACCAGUACAGUAGCGCCUUGGUGCACUACUAUUAUGCCAUCGAGCCCGAGUGGUACACGCGGAUUGCCAGCUUCUACAUCCCGGGAGCUGUUUUGCUGGCAUGGCUGUCCUGCGCCGGCUCCUGCUAUGCCAAAUACCGGUGCCCGCACCUCUCUUCACUGCUGGGCAGGCUGUGCCAAGAGAUGCCCUCGGCUGUGGCCUACGCCUUGGACAUCAGUCCAGUGCUCCACCGCAUUUACACCUCCUCUGCAUCUGGAGGUGAGGAUCUGGCUCUUUUGUACCACAAGUGCCACGUCCUUUUUUUCCUGAUCGGGGCCUUCUUUUUUGCCUACCCGUACCCCGAAAAGUGGUUCCCGGGUAAGUGCCACUUUGUGGGCCAGGGCCACCAGAUCUUCCACGUCUUCCUCAUUCUCUGCACGCUCACCCAGGUGGAGGCUGUGCUUCUGGAUUACGAGACAAGGAGGCCCAUUUACUCCCGGCUCCACGGCGGCCUAGCCCCGCUCUUUUCCGCCCUGUGCCUUCUGCAGGUGUGUUGCUGCAGCCUCACCGCUCUGUACAUGACGGCCAAAGUGAAACGCAAGUUGUGUCAAAAAGAAGAGUGACAAAGACUGGAGGUAGAGAGGAGCCCACGCACUGGUUUCCUUACUUGCACCACUCUGGGUGCAUCCGUGCCAUGGCGGCUAAGGAGAUAGAACACUUGAUCUCAGGUGGCCACGUUUGUCUGUGACCACAAAGAGGGACUGUGGCUUGUAUCCUCCGUCACACUUAUUGUGCCUGAACAGGUGGAGGGACUGGGUGAAACACUGCUCCUUUAUCUGAACCUCUAGCUUCAGAAGGUUAUUUUUGAACUACAACUCCCAGGAUGUUGGGAGUUCUAGUCCAAAAAAUAACAUUCUCUCAGCUCUAAGUCUCUCCACGAAAAAGAAUGCUUUGUUCACACACUGCCCACCAUCCCUUAUCCAUGAUCUUUGCAGGUCUUCGAAAUCAGAGGUGAGCAGAUCUGAUUCAGCCUGGUGGGAUCUCUUCAUAUAUCUCCUCCUUUAAAGUAGAGCCAGCAACUGCUGUUGGGUUCCAUGUUGAUGGGAUGGUGAGUACAGAGGCAAGUAUCCACUGUUACAGUAAUACAAAAGUUU